AUGGGAUGUGCAUGCUGUGCCGUCGCGGAGGAGUUUAAAGACCCCAGGGCGAUAAUCUACAACGGCUUUGAUGAGAGCAGUGUGUCUGUAGCAUUCAUUCUUGACAAUCAGUUCGGUGCCACCACAUUUACAGGGCGAGUCCGAAUCUACACCUUUACUGGCCACUUUUUGAGCACAUCCAUCUCUUGGGACUGCGUAGUGGGAGGCGGCGGCGACUACAUGAAAUAUCGCGGCACGAUUUCUGAGGAGAAGAUCACCGGCACUUUCGAGUAUUCCGUUAAUGGCUUUGGUGGAGGUGGCGGUUUUCGACUCCAGGCAAAGGAUAGAAGCAGAACUUUGCAAGCCGUGGCCGAGGAGAACUUGUCCAGGGCACUUAGCAUCAAGAAGGCUCCAGAAAGCUCGGAAGCAGCUGUGGAAGAUGCCAGUUGA